AUGUUCGCCAACAUUCCAACUACGCUUCUCCUUCUCGUUGCCUCUUUCGCUCUACCUACGUGCGCUGGUAUCCAACAAACUGACUUCAGUGGCAUUGGUCACAUCUACGUCCUAGCCUCUGACAACUGGAGUACGGCAACCCCAGAGUCUAGUGUGGGUUGUCUAGAUGCACACGGAAGAUUUGUCUACGACAGCGGAAGUGCGAAAGAAUGCGGUAUAUUUGAGCGCCUAGAUGACUACCCUUAUACUCUCAGCACUCAAAAUGGAAACUGCACGUUCCAAGACGAUAGCCAAGAGGAGAACGUUGAUAGUCACUACGGGAAGGGGGAUUAUGCGUGGACAUGUAAGGAACGCAAUGUUGACAUUUAUGACGAGCUAUACACAAUAACAGGAUUUCCAUACGUCUUCCUCUGCUUCGGCGAUAUAGCUUGCUUCUACGACGCCAAGCGCACCCCUGCCGCCAACGAAUCGCUCCCACUAUGGCAGUUUCGCUGGGGGUCACAGCAGAUGGGCAUCACGCCAGGACAUAUUCAGCUACAGCUAAUGUGGAAGAAACUCGGUGAUUUACCCAAGAGGGAGAAGGCGAGCGAUAUACCGGGUCCGAGAGUACAAAUUGGUGAGGGUUCGCAGAUGCCGUUGUUGGGUAAGAAGUCGAAUGUGUAG